CGUCGCGUCACGUCACGUGCCGGCGCGCGGCGACGUGGCGGCCAUCUUGUGUUGUCGGGGCUGAGGGCUGACUGGGACUCCGGGAGACUCUCCGUCCGGGACCGCAGAUGGGGAAACUGAGGCAGACAGAGGCGUCAAGCGGCUCGCCCAGGGUCACCAGCUCGUGAGUGUCUGAGCCGGACUUGAACUUGGGGCUCCCCGACUCUGCCCACUGGACCACCGGCCGCCUCUAGUCCAAGGUCACCCGGCAGGUAGAGGAGGAGCCUAGGAGGACCCCGAGUCCUAGGGAGGUUGGAUGACUUGCCCAAGGCCACUAAGCGGGAACUCACCUUUAGGCCCUCACAGGUGCCAAGCUCCCUGUUAUCUGGGCUUGUUCCUGCUUUCAACAGAUCCUGAGUAAAGGUAUUUCACAUUAAAAAAAUCUCCUGUAAAAAUAUUGAAAAGAAUGGCAGCAGAAACUCAAACACUUAACUUUGGACCUGAAUGGCUUCGAGCUCUGUCCAGUGGUGGGAGUGUGACGUCCCCUCCCCUUUCUCCAGCGCUGCCAAAGUAUAAAUUAGCAGACUAUCGCUAUGGGCGAGAGGAAAUGUUAGCACUUUUUCUUAAGGAUAACAAGAUACCUUCAGACCUCAAGGAUAAAGAAUUUUUGCCUAUUCUCCAGGAGGAGCCCCUGCCACCAUUGGCACUAGUACCUUUCACAGAAGACGAGCAGAGAAACUUUUCCAUGUCUGUAAACAGUGCUGCUGUCCUGCGACUGACAGGACGAGGAGGAGGAGGAGGAACAGCGGUAGGGGCUCCUCGAGGUCGAAGUUCCUCUAGAGGUCGAGGUCGAGGGCGAGGUGAAGGUGGUUUUUACCAAAGAAGUUUUGAUGAAGUAGAGGGUGGCUUUGGGCGAGGUGGCGGUGGCAGAGAAAUGCACAGAUCACAGAGCUGGGAAGAAAGGGGAGACAGACGGUUUGAAAAACCAGGGCGAAAAGAUUCAGUGAGACCAAACUUUGAGGAAGGUGGGACAACAGUAGCAGGGAGAAAGCAUGAAUUUAUACGUUCUGAGAGUGAAAACUGGCGCAUUUUUAGAGAGGAACAAAAUGGAGAUGAUGAAGAUGGAGGCUGGCGCCUAGCAGGAUCGCGAAGGGAUGGAGAGAGAUGGCGUCCACAUAGUCCAGAUGGUCCUCGAUCUGCAGGUUGGCGAGAACACAUGGAACGUCGGCGAAGAUUUGAAUUUGACUUUAGAGAACGGGAUGACGAGCGGGGUUACCGAAGAGUGAGGUCUGGUAGUGGAAGCAUUGAUGAUGAUAGGGACAGCCUGCCUGAAUGGUGCCUGGAAGAUGCAGAAGAGGAAAUGGGGACAUUUGAUUCCUCUGGGGCCUUCCUCUCCCUAAAGAAAGUACAGAAAGAGCCCAUUCCUGAAGAACAGGAAAUGGACUUUCGGCCUGUUGAGGAGGGGGAAGAGCGCUCAGAUUCAGAGGGGAGUCACAAUGAAGAAGCCAAAGAACCUGAUAAGGCUGCCAGCAGAGAUGGGGAGCGGCUGGAUCGAGUUGCUGCAGAAACUUCAGAAGAAACAGGCAGGCCAUCAUCCCCAUGUGCCAGCCCUUCUGAGCGUCAGCCUCCAGAACCUCUGCAGCCAAGCCUGUUUGAGAGGAAGGAGGAGAGCAAAAUCGAGCAACCAGAAGAGGAAAGCCAACCUGAGAGCUCCCUCCCCACCCAGGGGCCCAACCGAGGGGAAGAACUGGUCCCUGCUGUCCAGUCCUUGUCACAGAAUGCUUCAGACCCAGCUUCUCCUGGUCUUCUUCUUCCCCCUCCUGUUGCCAGUGCAGGCCCUGCUCUCCGUCCCACCCAGACACCAGCCAUAGGUGCUCCCGGCAUGAGUAGUGUUUCUGCAGAUCCAGAUGAUGAAGAUGGCCUCAAACACCUGCAACAGCAAGCAGAAAAGAUGGUGGCCUACUUACAGGAUAGUGCCCUGGAUGACGAAAGAUUGACAGCAAAACUCCAGGAGCACCGAGCCAAAGGAGUCUCAAUCCCUUUGCUGCAUGAGGCCAUGCAGAAAUGGUAUUACAAAGAUCCACAAGGUGAAAUUCAGGGUCCAUUCAACAACCAAGAAAUGGCAGAGUGGUUCCAGGCAGGCUAUUUCACGAUGUCCUUACUGGUAAAGAGAGCUUGUGAUGAAAGUUUCCAACCCCUCGGUGAUAUCAUGAAGAUGUGGGGAAGGGUUCCCUUCUCCCCAGGCCCAGCCCCCCCUCCACAUUUGGGAGAAUUGGACCAGGAACGACUGACCAGGCAACAGGAGCUCAAUGCCUUAUACCAGAUGCAGCAUCUCCAAUACCAGCAAUUCCUGAUCCAACAACAGUAUGCACAGGUGUUGGCGCAACAGCAGAAAGCAGCCCUUUCAUCCCAGCAGCAGCAGCAGUUGGCAAUGCUUCUUCAGCAGUUUCAAACUCUCAAGAUGCGAAUAUCAGAACAGAAUCUGAUUCCAUCUGUUACUAGGUCUGUGUCAGUUCCGGACACUGGCUCUAUUUGGGAGCUUCAGUCAACAGCUUCACAACCUACAGUCUGGGAAGGUAGUAGUGUUUGGGAUCUUCCUCUUGACACAGCGGCUCAGGGACCAGCUCUUGAACAACUUCAACAGCUUGAGAAAGCUAAAGCUGCCAAGCUAGAACAAGAGAGAAGAGAGGUGGAGAUGAGGGCCAAGCGCGAAGAAGAGGAGAGGAAACGGCAGGAGGAACUCCGGAGGCAGCAGCAAGAGGAGGAGAGGAAGCGCAGAGAAGAGGAAGAGCUGGCACGCAGGAAGCAGGAAGAAGCCCUCAGACGCCAGAGGGAACAAGAGAUGGCCCUGAGGCGACAGAGAGAGGAAGAGGAGGAGCGGAGGCAGCAAGAGGAAGCUCUGAGGAGGCUGGAGGAGAGGAGAAGGGAAGAGGAGGAGCGGAGGCAGAGGGAGGAACUGCUGCGCAAGCAGGAAGAGGAGGCUGCCAAAUGGGCCAGAGAAGAAGAGGAAGCUCAACGUCGGCUUGAAGAGAACCGACUGAGGAUGGAAGAAGAGGCGGCCAGGCUCCGGCAUGAGGAAGAGGAACGAAAACGCAAGGAGAUGGAGCUCCAGCGACAGAAGGAGCUGAUGAGGCAGCGGCAACAGCAGCAGGAAGCUCUCCGGCGCCUCCAGCAGCAGCAGCAGCAGCAGCAGCUUGCCCAGAUGAAGCUUCCAUCUUCUUCCACAUGGGGCCAACAGUCUAAUUCUGGGGCUUGUCAGUCUCAGACAACACUAUCAUUAGCAGAAAUCCAAAAGCUAGAAGAAGAACGAGAGCGGCAAGUUCGAGAAGAGCAAAGGCGACAGCAGCGGGAAUUGAUGAAAGCCCUCCAGCAACAGCAGCAGCAGCAACAACAGCAACAGAAACUGUCUGGUUGGGGCAAUAUCAGUAAACCGGCAGGUACAGCCAAAUCACUGCUAGAAAUCCAGCAGGAGGAGGCCCGGCAGAUGCAGCAGCAGCAGCAGCAGCAACAGCAACAGCAGCAGCAGCAGCAGCAGCACCAGCAGCCCAACCGAGUCCGAAACCCCCCGCACUCCAACCUGCACACCAGCAUCGGCAAUUCUGUCUGGGGCUCUCUGAACACUAGCCCCCCCAGCCAGUGGGCCUCAGAUCUCGUCAGUAGUAUCUGGAGCAAUGCCGACACCAAAAACUCUAACAUGGGAUUCUGGGAUGAUGCUGUGAAAGAAAUGGGACCCAGGAACUCCAGCAAGAACAAGAGCAACACCAGCCUCAAUAAGUCUAUGGGGGUUUCAAGCAGACAGAACAAGAAGGUAGAGGAAGAAGAGAAGCUUCUGAAACUUUUCCAGGGAGUCACAAAGGCCCAGGAUGGAUUCACUCAGUGGUGUGAGCAGAUGCUUCAUGCGCUGAAUACAGCCAACAACCUAGACGUUCCCACAUUUGUUUCUUUCCUGAAGGAAGUGGAAUCUCCUUAUGAAGUACAUGAUUACAUUAGGGCCUACUUAGGAGACACCUCAGAGGCCAAGGAGUUUGCCAAGCAGUUUCUUGAGCGCCGUGCCAAACAGAAAGCGAACCAGCAGCGGCAGCAGCAGCAGCCGGACUCUGUGUGGGCCGUGAACCAUAGCACACUUCACUCAGUGUUUCAGACAAACCAGAGCAACAACCAGCAAUCAAACUUUGAGGCUGUGCAGAGCGGGAAGAAGAAGAAGAAGCAGAAGAUGGUCCGAGCAGACCCCAGUUUAUUAGGUUUUUCAGUAAAUGCAUCAUCAGAGCGACUGAAUAUGGGAGAAAUAGAGACUUUGGACGACUACUGAGCACCUGCACACCGGCUGGCCACUUCCUAUGUCUGUUAACCAUGGAUUCUCCACCUUUGGACAUCACCCUUUACCAUUUACUCUCUGUCACCUUGCAACCAACCAUCACAGAACCCAUCAUCUCAGGCUUUCUCUUCUAACCUUUUCUGUCCAGGACUCUGAGUGGUCCUUGUUGGCGAGCCUCUCGGACAAUAGACAAGUGGACUGAACUCUGUCUAUUGGGUGGGUGGUAGCUGGGAUUCUUCCCCAACAAGGAUAACCACAGACAGCAGGUAUUCACCAGGCUGUGACUCCGUCUGCUUUUCCUGGAAAGUCCGUUGGGAUCUGCCAACAGCAGCCUCCCUUCCCCAUCUCUCUUUUUUGGCUGGGGCAAGGGGGGAUCUAACUUGUGCAAUCAUGGAGAGAGUUUAUGGUUAACAGAUGUCGGUCAAUAACAACACACCCCAUGGAUUGUGACUUCGUGCUCCUUCAGGGCAGAGCCAAAUGGUGCCCCCUCCCCCUCAGUCUAGGAGCAGCAUCGAUAAAGCUUAAGGGCUCGGAUGGGGGGAUUAGCUUGGAUUGGUUUGAAGUUGCACACCCCUGGCCUGCCUUUUCUGAGCAUCCUUUUGGAAGGAAAGUUCAAUUCUAUCUUCAUCAGGCAGUGACGUCAAAGUCCGCCAAAUUCUCCCUCUGGCACACUCCUUCCUUCUUGGACAAAGGAACCUAUGAUCUGGGAGAGGGACUUUUUUCCUUAAAUUUUCUUUCUUAUUAAAAACUGAUUUUUCCCAUAAAUAUUUUUACUUCAGAGGAAUAGGACCAGUUUGUUUUGGGCCCUUCUGCUGAGAAUUUGUCUCGUUUAAGAGGCAACUAGGAUCUUUACCAGAUGUAUGUAUUUGUCGAAUUUCAUUUUGGGUGGGGAUGAACCUUGGCUCCUGAAUACACAAACCCGGAACCGUAGCUGGUUAUUCAUGACAGUGUGUGUGUCUGUCUGCUUGCAACCCUGCCCUGGAAAGGGUGUGUUAAAGAUUCUGGACUGGCAUUUUAUCCUAACUUGACCAUCUACAGUACUUUUCUUCCUGGAGACCACUGAGGGGCGGGAAGGAGGGGUGGGGCAGGCGGAGGAGAGCUCGAUUGGCUGUGGUUCCCAUAUGGUCCUUCGCUCCAGCUCCAGGUGUGAUCAGCAUCACUUGGUAAAGGAACCCUUGGAUUCGCUUUGCUUCUGCCAAGAGUUAAACGACCCCCUUUCCUUUCCCCCAGAACAAGCCCUACCCCUUGAAAUUGCCAAUUGCACUUAGUUUCUGACCUCUCCUUUCUCCUUCCACGUUUUGGGAACGGUCGGAGUGUGCCUGUGGGAGAAAGUGCUGCAGCCACUGAUGUGGCUCUGUGGGAAGAAGGCACCUUCUCCUCUCCUCUCCUCUCCUCUCUUCUCUUCUCCCCGCCAUCAUUGCCUGAAGAAGAGCCUGGAGUUGCUCUGAGAGCAGUUUGGCUUUGAAUGAUUUUAUUUGGUUUAUUUUGUUUUUCUCCUUUGAGAACACCACCCCUCUUGUCCCGGCCCCCUCCUGAACAUGUACAGUUAACUUCAGAGACUGCUGCAAACGUGUAUAUAGUUUUUGGAUCCAAUGGCAUGGUGAGACAGGAGACACCAUCCACAAUCGGGCUCCUGAUCUCCUUUGCUUUGUAAAUUCUUAAAGGGGGGAAGAGGGAUAGUUAAAAUGUUUACAAAACUUUAAGCUCCCUCGGAACUUUUGCCAGUGUGGAGGAAAAAAGAGAACUUAAAUAAAGACAGUUGUAUUCUAUCUAAGAGGGCAUUUUGUGCUUGCUUUUGUUGAGGCUGAGUUUUGCAAUCACUUCCAAGAGUAAAGUUGAUCCGAAAGGCCCUUUCUCCUGUCAACUUCGUGGAGAAGCCGCCACCAUCCGUGGCACCCAGAGACUGCCACUGCUCACGACCCUUCUGGGGAAGGUUGGUUGGUUUUCUGCUUGCAGAUUUAGAGCUCACAGUAAACACCGGUAAGUUAAGAUUGGAAAUCUUUGACCAAACGGCUUCACUCCUUCCUGUGAGUGUCCCCCUACCUCUAGCCUCUUAUUCUAGGCAUGUCCUCACCAAGGAAGUCUGCAGCUUGAUUCCCCCAUCUCCCCUUUUGUAACAGAUGACAAGCAAAUUAGAGAACAAAGGUGGUUCUUCAGCAAUGAGUCACUCGGCUCAUCAGACACUAUUUCCACUCUUGAAAACAAGCGAACUCACUUGUACCUGAAAAGCCUUCUAGCAGACAUUGGAGAAAGACCACUCUGCCCUUGGACUGUUCGGCCUCUCAUCUGCUCAUGUCUGUCUUUCUGUUUUGUUUGGAACAACCCACCCCCCUCCAGCUUACAGCUUAUGUGCGGAUGCUCUCCUGGGGGACGCUCGACUCGGGAGCUCAGACUCACUCUUCAUUUCUAUUUUGUACUCUGUCGUCUUCCUUGCUGUUUGUCCCAGGGUGUUUUUAUGGAAAAACUUCUCAUGCAGCUCUCGGAAAUCCUCCGACCUGGGCUACCAGGGACCUCCGGGGAUGGACCAUGAGUCCAGCCCACCCUCACGUUUUGCAGAUAAAGCAACAGGAUCAGAGAGGUCCCGGGACUGGCUCAGUGUCCCAUUCGGGACUCGCACGGGAGGCCUUGGAUCUGAGACUCGGCCCUCGGACGCCAAGCCCAGCCCUCUCCUUCCUCCACACCACGCUGCCUCUGCCCAGGUACACGGAAGAUGCUCAGAAGAUGGGUAGAAAUGAGCUUGCUCUGCUCACCGUCCAGGCACGGGACUUCCUUCACUAAAUGUAAGCGAAAUGAGUUUUCUACUUCAGUCCAGUUAGGGAUGUUUCAGGGUUGUUUUUACGAUUUGUUUUCAUUUCAAGGAAAUCACUGUUAAUUUAUGCAUCGAGUUUGACCUACCUUGCAAUGUAUUCUAACCUGGUGAGAAAUGGACAUAUUUAUUUUUGUACAAAGCGCCUCUCUGCUGUUGAGUUAAUAAAAGUACAAAACCCA